AUGCUCUUGUCCCAGCAGUAUCUACACAUGGUGAAAAUUUUGUCCAUUUGUUUUCUUGCUUGCUUUGCAACAUGUCAAGAAACUGAAAAUACUGGCUUUUCACAAUUCAGUAAAAGAGCAGUGACAGAACACCAACUUCUGAAUGAUCGAGGGAGAGUCCUUCAAGGGCUAAAGCGACUGAUGUGGCUCCACAAUGCUAUGGAGGGAGUGCAUACAGCCAGUGGGAGAGACAUCUCCCAGGCACACAUUAUGUGGACCCCACCAAAGAACCAAGAUCUGUCUGACUUCUAUGACAGCAUGAGUAGGGAAGAGACACCAGUGACGAUGAAACAACUGCUUCUGGGACUGUUGGAGAAGGAGUCGCCUUUUGCUGUAUUAAGAAAAACAAAUGUAUUGCAAUACCUAAAGAAUGUAAAAGGUAGUAAAGACAUGCAAGAGCUUUCUGACUUAUCCCAAGCUGGAGAGCAAGAUGGCAAAAGAAACCUCAGUGCUCAGAUGUAG